AUGGCCACGACCAAUCACCAACCAACCUCGUCCCGGCAGCCAUUCACUUGCACCUUUCAUCCUCCCAAGCGCUUGCAGUCCAGUCGGCCACCACCAAGCAUGCCGGUAACGGCCGCCGCCCAGAAUCCUUCCACCGACUCCUUCCAUCACCUGCCCGACCGAGACGACCAAGACGAGCCAGGACCGUCCCUGACGGACCGUGACGUCGCCCAUCUCCGGGACCAGCUUGCACGGGCCUCGGCUGCGGGGCUCGCUCCCAACCGCCACCACGACGCCGAUGCUGCCGCCCUCGACACCACUCGUCUCAACAACGACCAGCGACACCUGCUGGCAGACCUGGUCGGCGCGUUUGAGGAGUCACUGUACUAUGAUGCGUCCACAAUGGCCGGCUUGAACUCCUUCUCCUUGGCUGCUCUCAACCGCCUCCGGGCGUACAAGCCGCCUCCCUUCCCGCUAUGGGACACGCUGCCUGCCCGGAAGCGCGCGGCCGUCCUGGUCCUGUUGUACGCGGACCGCUGGGGCGAUUUGCGCGUCGUCAUCACCAUGCGGGCCGCGAGCCUGAGGAGCUUCUCGGGCCAUGCGGCGCUCCCGGGCGGCAAGGCUGACAGCCUGGAGGAGACGCCGUAUCAAAUCGCCCGGCGGGAGGCCUUUGAGGAGAUUGGCCUGCCGAUGGAUGACCUCCGUCUCCCCAGGCCGUUCCGCAUAGAGCCGCUGUGCAACCUCCCCCCCUCGCUGGCGAGGACGCAUCUCGUCGUCACGCCGUGCGUGGCCUUUCUCCACGCCGACAGGACGCACCCCUGCUCGCCCGGCCCGCUGGUCGAGGAGUCCCUGAUACCGAGGCUGGAUGCGCGCGAGGUCGCCGCCGUCUUCAGCGCCCCGUUCUACAACUUCCUCAAGGCGCGUGAUCUGCCGCCCCGGCCGGGGCAGGAGCUGCCCCCCGGGACGUGGUACGACGGCGCGUGGACGUCGUGGAAGGACCUGCCCUGGCGGAUACACAACUUCUACGUGCCCGUGAACAACCAGCGGGUUGCGAAGCCGAGGAGGGCGAGCGCGCACGGCAACAUGGGCGAGGCGCUGGAGGUGCAGCAGGAACAGGAGGGGAGGUUCAAGGUAUGGGGCAUGACGGGGAGGCUGCUGGUUGACGCGGCUAGGAUUGCGUACGGGGAGGAUCCCGAGAUGGAGCACAAUGAUACGUUCGGCGACCAUGACAUUAUUCUGAGGGCGGAAGAGGAGGGCGUUUUCAAGGAGGUGGGAGAGGCGAACAAGGGCACCAACGAGCCGGCCAAGAUGUGA